UGUUCAAGUUCUCAUCAUCCAUCGAUGGAGGAAGGUGACACGCAUUCCGCAGCAAAUACCAUAACUUGCAAAGCUGCGGUGGUCUACGGUCCGGGGCAACCUUUGGUGAUACAAGAUGUUUUAGUGGAUCCCCCAAAGAAAAUGGAGGUCCGUAUCCAGAUCCUCUACACUUCAAUUUGCCACACCGAUCUUGGCGCUUGGCUAGGCACGAAUGAAGCUCAAAGGGCGUAUCCUCGAAUUCUGGGACAUGAAGCUUCAGGGUAAGGUCAAAAUUUCCCCUGUUAAAUUACUUUGCUCUUUUUGUCCUUCUUCCUGCUACUACUGUAAAUAUUGCUGGUCGUCCUCCAAGCCAAGGUAAAAAUUAAUAAUACACACAGCUACACGAUUUUUCUCUCGUUGUUCGUACGCGUUCAAAUACUAACUCUCUCUCGAACUGUUAAUUAUAGCAGCGAUCAGUAUUGGAUUUGAUUAGCAAUUAAUUAUUUGUUGAAUUUGGUUUUUGGGUUGGGGUGCUGGAACUAACUAAACUUAACUACUGGCAUGCAACGAAAUGAAUUAAUGCUGCCUGCUGCCAUUCCAAGAGUGGUAGAGAGCGUGGGAGAAGGAGUGACGGAGCUGAAAGCCGGAGAUCACGUGGUUCCGAUAUUCAACGGGGAGUGCGGGAGCUGCGAUUACUGCAAAUCCGACAAAACAAAUCUGUGCGAAAAAUAUCGGGUAAAUCCAUUGAAAAGCGUAAUGGUGAACGAUGGCAAGUGCAGGUUUAGGAGUAAAGAAGACGGGAAACCCAUUUUCCAUUUCCUCAACACAUCCACUUUCAGCGAGUACACCGUCCUUGAUUCUGCCUGCGUCGUCAAGAUUGACCCCAUGGCUCCCCUUCACCAAAUGGCCUUGCUCAGCUGUUGCAUAGCUACCGGUGUGGGAGCUGUAUGUAAUACUGCCAGAGUGCAACCUGGCUCAACUGUGGCGGUUUUUGGUUUGGGUGCAGUUGGAUUGGCGGUUGUGGAAGGAGCGCGAUCACGAGGAGCAUCCAAAAUCAUAGGGGUCGAUGUUAACCCCGACAAACUAACGAAAGGUCAAACGAUGGGAGUUACCCAUUUCGUAAAUCCCAAGGAACUGGAAAAGCCCGUGCAUGAGGUAAUUAGAGAAAUGACGGGAGGAGGGGUGGAGUACAGUUUUGAAUGUGCGGGUAACUUGGAUGUUGUCAGGGAGGCUUUUCUAUCUACCCACGACGGUUGGGGUUUGACAGUUGUUCUGGGGGUGCACGCGACGCCCGCAAUGCUGCCUCUCCAUCCCAUGGAGCUGUUUGAUGGGCGAAGGAUCGUAGGCUCAGUUUUUGGUGAUUUCAAAGGCAAGUCUCAAUUGCCCCGUCUUGCUCAAGACUGCAUGCGCGGGGUGGCGAAGUUGGAUGAGUUCAUUACUCAUCAACUACCUUUCGAAAAGAUCAAUGAAGCUUUCCAGCUGCUGGUUCGAGGAAAAUCCUUGCGAUGCCUUCUUCAUCUGUCAUCUCCUCACCUCAACUCAACUAAACCUUGAUCAUCUUCAGAGGAUUACAGCACACACAUAUUGCUGUACUUACUAUGUUAAUUACAUCUUUU